AUGAUUUCUGGCAUCUUUCAUCUUGCGUUGAUAAUGAUGCUAAGCAUAGCAUCAGCAGCGACAACGACUUCAGCAACCCCUACUUCAGUUUGGGUUACGGGAACUGAUUCAAACGGGAUCACGAGAACUACAUUAUCAGAAUACUAUCAGUCAUUUCUGAGUUAUCCUACGACUGCUGCAUCUGUUCCGGAGGGUUCUGUUGGCUUGGGGUCUAUCAGUGGUACACUUGCUAGUAUCAGAACCUACGAUAUGGUAACGGUAUCAUCAACCGAGAAUGGGGCCCAAUCAUUGUUCCACAUAGGUCUUGGUGAGCAUAAGACUUUGGAGACUUUUACUGCUUCACUUGCACUCUUCCCAUUGGCUAUUUUUUUUCUUGUGUUUUUCCUUUAA